AUGUCCCAGCUCGAGUCAGCCUCGGUCACCUCGCAGCCGGAGAAGAUACCCCCACCUUCUCCCACUCCCGCAGCGGCCGAGUCCCUCGGAGCGGUGAAGAGCAAAGUCACGAGCAGACACGGUUGGCUCGGCGACUACAGCUACGCUUGGCUUUGCAUGCCUACUCUUCCUUGGGGUCGUAAGGGCAGGAAGCUUGCGCCACCAUUCUAUGCCCUCGAAUCCGAGCUGCCUAUUCUGCUUGCGGCGGCGAGCGGGUUACAGCAUGCACUCGCGAUGCUUGCUGGUCUCAUUACACCUCCCAUCAUCUUCGCUAGCGCAUUGAACCUGGAUGCGGAGACGUCGGCGUACAUGAUUUCUGCUUCCCUUAUAGGUUGCGCAAUCCUGAGCUUGAUUCAGAUGUCUCGCAUCCGGCUCUUUGGCAAGUACUAUUUGGGUACCGGUCUUAUUUCCGUCGUGGGCACAAGUUUUGCGACUCUGAGCACGGCUAACGCGAUCUUCAACGCCAUGUACAACGAUGGAACAUGUCCCUCAACGACUGCCGCUGACGGAACCGUGACCCGCGGCGCGUGUCCAGAGGCAUAUGGCAAGAUGCUUGGAACGUCAAUGGUCUGCGCUUUCCUCGAAAUCUUCCUGUCAUUCGUCCCGGCUCGCAUCCUCAAGCGCAUCUUCCCCCCGAUGGUCACCGGCACUGUAAUCGUUAUGAUUGGAGCUUCUCUCAUCGGCGCGUCCGGAAUCCCCAACUGGGGUGGAGGCUCGAAUAACUGUAUGGAUCGCCCCACCUCGGGCAUUUUCCAACUGUGCCCGACAACUUUGGCUCCCCGUCCACUGCCGUGGGGCUCGCCAGAAUUCAUCGGACUAGGUUUCCUCUCUUUCGUCAGCAUUAUUCUCACAGAACUCUUCGGAUCCCCGUUCCUGAAGAACAUUUCUGUCAUUGUCGGACUAGCGGUGGGGUGCAUUGUCUCCGGCGCGGCAGGCUAUAUCGACAACAGCAACAUCACGAGUGCUCCCGCAAUUACUUUCUUGUGGGUCCAUACGUUCAAGAUCGGAUUCUAUGGCCCUGCCGUCUUACCCAUGCUCGCAGUAUACAUUUCUCUUGCCAUGGAGGCGAUUGGUGACAUCACGGCCUCCGCGGAAGUUUCACGCGUCCCAGUCGUUGGUGAAGAAUUCGAUUCUCGCAUCCAGGGUGGUGUCCUCAGCGACGGAAUUGGCGGUUUCCUCUCGGCACUCUUUACUGUGGCCCCACUAUCCGUUUUCGCGCAGAAUAAUGGCGUGAUUGCGAUUACGCGCUGUGCCAACCGCACCGCCGGUCGCUUCUGUUGUGCCUUCCUCCUCUUGUUUGGAGUUGUGGGCAAAAUAUCCGGGAUCUUUCUCUCCAUUCCCAACCCGGUCUUAGGCGGUGUCACGACGUUCCUAUUUGCCACUGUUACCACGUCGGGCAUUCGGGUGCUUGCAUACAACAAGUUCACCCGCCGUGACCGCUUUAUCCUCGCUGCUGCAAUGUCUUUCGGCGUGGGAGACCUUCUGGUUCCCACAAUCUUUACCCACCUAUUCGAUGCCGUCAACGACCCCAGCAGCGGACUCCAGGGCCUGUUUGACUCUAUUACCAUUGUGCUGAAGACUCCAUUUCUUGUUUCCGGCAUCGUGGCCAUGAUUCUCAACCUCAUCCUUCCCGAGGAGGAUGCUGAAGCUGAAGACGAUGUAGAAGCCGUGGACGUGGAGGCUCAGUCGCCGAAGAAAGACUAG